UCAGAUCGCGCAUAUAGCUCACACGCGUAGUGUCCAAUUGAUCAGUCUUUUGCUGCUCUUCAAAUCCAAAACUAAUCGAACUAACCCCAAAAAGAUGUCAUACACGGUGGAGCCAUUACCCGAUUCGUAUGCUGGCCUGGGCGAAGGACCGCAUUGGGAUGUGGCCAGGCAGAGCCUGUAUAUGGUUGAUCUGGAGGCUGGCUCCCUGAUGCGUUACGAUUACAAGCAGAACAAAAUGUACAAGACAAGGAUUGAGGGUGAAACUCUGGCUGGAUUUGUGCUGCCCAUCGCUGGCAGCACGGAUGAGUUUGCCGUCGGCUGUGGCAGACGUGUCGUCAUUGUCAACUGGGACGGUGUGUCGCCGGUGGCCAAGGUGGUGCGCACUCUGUUCGCGGUGCAGCCCGAAUAUGAGGAGAAUCGUUUCAAUGAUGCCAAGGCCGAUCCACAGGGUCGCCUCUUUGCCGGCACCAUGCGUUACAUUGGCGAUGAGUUUGUGCAUCGCCAUGGCGAGCUCUACAAGUGGGAGGCCGGCGGUAAUGUGUCGCUGGUGAAGAGCGAUGUGGGCAUUUCCAAUGGUCUCGCCUGGGAUGAGAAGGCCAAGAAGUUCUACUAUAUCGAUACCACCGAUUAUGAGGUUAAGUCAUAUGACUAUAAUUUUGAGACGGGCGUCGCCAGCAAUCCGAAGGUUAUCUAUAAUUUGCGCAAGACCAGUCCCAAGGAUCAUCUACUGCCCGAUGGCAUGACCAUUGACACCGAGGGCAAUCUGUAUGUGGCCACAUUCAAUGGCGCCACCAUCUACAAAGUUAACCCAAGCACUGGUCAAGUACUGCUGGAGAUUAAGCUGCCUACCAAGCAGAUCACUUCGGCUGCCUUUGGUGGACCCAAUCUGGAUAUACUGUAUGUGACAACAGCGGCCAAAUUUGAACAGCCCACUCCAGCUGGUACCACCUACAAGGUGACCGGUCUCAAUGCCCGUGGCUAUCCCGGCGUCAGUCUCAAGAUCUAAAAACACACAUAAUUCACAUAAUUAUGCAUUUUUUUUUUGUUUUUACCCACACAAUUAUUACUAAUCUAUAUGUAUAUGUAUGUAUGUUGCUAUUGAUUUAUAAAAUACAUAUACUUUAUAAUUGAUAAUGAUUCAAGUGUUUCAGCAUUUUGUUUGUAAUGAUUUGAUCAGCAAUUGUCUGGUGACCUCAAAUCAGAAAACAAAUACAGACCAUAUUUCAUAACUACAUCUCGCUAUAAAAUACAAUUUAUAAGACAAUUGUUAUUAAUAUAUAUACAUCUUUUGAUAUAGCCACU